AUGACAGCACAGCAGAUCAGUGAACAGGCAGCAAAAGAAGGAAAUUUAGAGGAAUCUCAAUAUCUAGAUCUCUGCAAAAGAAUUAUCGAGGAAGGUGAAUCUAGACCAGAUAGAACAGGCACCGGUACUUUAAGUUUGUUUGCGCCUCCGCAGCUGCGAUUCAAUUUGAAGAAUGACACCUUUCCUUUGUUCACUACCAAGAGGGUAUUUACAAAGGGUAUAAUACUUGAAUUGCUGUGGUUCAUUUCUGGUUGUACAGAUGGGCAGAAAUUGUCGGAUCAAGGUGUCAAGAUUUGGGAAGGUAACGGUUCUAGAGAGUAUCUUGACAAGCUAGGACUAACUCACAGACGUGAGAGGGAUUUGGGUCCAGUUUAUGGUUUUCAAUGGAGACAUUUUGGGGCGAAAUAUAAAAGUUGCGAGGAUGAUUACACCAAUCAGGGAUUUGACCAACUGCAAGAUUUGAUAUCGAAACUGAAGAAUAACCCAUAUGAUCGUAGGAUUAUUAUGAGUGCAUGGAAUCCGCCUGACUUCCCGUUGAUGGCUCUCCCACCUUGCCAUGUGUUUUGUCAAUUUUAUGUAAAUUUCCCAACAGAUGGUUCAAAGCCAAAACUCUCCUGUUUACUGUAUCAAAGGUCUUGUGACAUGGGGUUGGGGGUUCCCUUCAAUAUAGCUUCCUAUGCUCUGUUGACCAAGAUGAUUGCACAUGUUUGUGAUAUGGAGCCAGGCGAAUUCAUUCAUACUAUGGGUGAUGCGCAUGUGUACAAAAAUCAUAUUGAGGCGUUACAGAAGCAGAUUUCGAGGACACCAACAAGUUUUCCUCAAUUGAAAAUCAAGAGAAAAGUUGAUAAUAUUGAUGAUUUCAAAUAUGAAGAUUUUGAGAUUAUAAACUAUAAUCCACAGAAAAAAAUCGAAAUGCAAAUGAGCGUUUGA